AUGGCACCGAAAACCACUGAAAUAGUCCAUGAAUUCCUCCCUUAUUUCCGGUACAAUUACCUCGUUUCUUUGGCCAAGAAAGCUAAUGUAAUAGUAGUGGCCAUUCAGUACAGAAGAGCUCCAGAGCAUCCUCUCCCUAUUGCAUAUGAUGAUUCAUGGGCUCAAAUUCAAUGGGUUGUUUCACAUGUUAAGGGUGACGGGCCCGAGCCUUGGCUUAAUGAGUAUGCUAAUUUUGAGAGAGUGCAUUUGAUUGGUUCUAGUGCUGGGGCUAAUAUUGCUCAUAACAUGGCAAUUAGAGUUGGAAAUGAUGGACUAACAGGUGGGGUUAAAAUUGUAGGUAUGGGUUUGAUGCACCCAUAUUUUGGAAACAACGAGCCUAGUAAGCUCAUGGAGUUCAUAUUUCCAUCAAUUGAAGGGCGCACUGACCCUAGGAUUAACCCGGUUGGAGCUGGGGUUGAUCUGGCGAGUCUGGGGUGCACCAGGCUGCUGAUUUGUGUUGCUAGUGAAGACUGGCUCAGAGAUAGAGGGGUGGCUUAUCACGAGGCACUGAGGAAGAGUGGCUGGCCAGAUGGGUUGGUGGAGAUCGUAGAGACCGAAGGAGAGGGCCAUGUACGCCACUCUCCUUCUCGCUCAAAACUCCACAGGUUAGCACCUGAAUACCUUACGGCUUAUAUCAUGCCAAUGCGUCCGAUGAUUCAUGGCCGGGCUGUAGUGGGUAAGCUAAUUAAGCACUCUGAUGCUGAUGGGCCUGAACCAUCUUUAGCGGUUGAGAACGCAGGAGCCAAACCAGCCCCUUGUGUGGAACUAGCAAAUUACAAGAGUAGCGUCAAAACCUUGAGCAUAACAAGGCAUCACCCCGCAUCACGCCUCAAUCAUGAGUCCACCUUCCACUGUUCCACGUCACCUCUCAGUUUAAGCAAUUAA